CCUACUUUCAUUAAAUGAACUUUACCACAACAAAGCAACAGCAGAACUGCGUCCUUUCCCGCACAUACUGAGGGAACUAUGGCUUUUUAAACUGAUAGAUUCGUCGACCUAACUAUCUCUGUGCUUUGCUGCUGCAACGCACUCCAAACCAACAAGAAAUUCAGCAAGAAUGGAGUCUCACAAUGCUCCCCCAGCUCUGUCCUCUGUGGCUCAUCUCUCAAACUCUCACGCGUUGCGUACGUUUGACGUGUUGAAUCGAAACCGAAGAAAUGAUGGCGGCGUCGGCUCCUCUCUGGAAAACUCCUCUCGUUUGCCCGGUAGACCCCCUCGCUCUCUCUCCCCGACUGGCUAACCCCAACCAAUCACAGGGACGGAGGGGGGAGGAGUCAGCCGAGAGCCAGCACUUAAUUGGUGAUGGUCUUGCUGACUGGAUGACGGAAAAAGUCGAUUUUUCCUCUUACCUUCCUACUUCUCACUCCUCUCCCAGCUCGUCCCUUCCCCCCUCACCCCCUCAACAUGAUGUGCAGGUCCCCUCUGACUUGGAGGUCAUGACAUCUCUACUGCAGGAGGAGCUUGCUCAACUGGAGGAUUACUUCCUGUCCGAAUCUACCCCAAAGAGAGCGGAAAAAUUGGAAAAAUGUGACAAAGUUCCCCCAGCAAUGGGGCCACAGUCUUACUACCAGCUGCCAUACGCGUCUUACAGCUCUAGCCAAUCAGAAUCUAGCCCACUUCUUGUUACCCUGGCAACUGGGGAACUCGACCUGCUGAGCUUCUGCGGUGGCCCCAUUGGCCGACCCAAAACACCUCGACCCGUUCCUUACAACUGCAGUCGCCCUAACGGCAAUGGUCGCAAGAGGGUUUGUGAUGGGCUGAAGGUCGGAGAGGGGUUGGAGAAUAUCUGGAGUUCCAAAGGCAAUAACUCAGGUAGCACAGAGCCAGCAGGUAGCUACUGCUGUGUGGAGGAUGAGAAGGCUGUAGGGAAGGGGUACUGUCUAGGUAGCGCGGUCAAGAUUAGGGACUGCGCCAUAUUGUUGAAAGAGGAAGAGAAUUACUGUUUUGCGGAGGAUGUGUGUAGCGGGGAGAAGAUGGGAAGGGGAUACUGUGUUGGGGCGCCAUUGGAGAGCCCCCACAGGAAGGAAGGCGGGAUGCUGUACGGGCUGAAGGAUAUGAGGCAGGACGGUGUGGAGCUGGAAACUCUGCAUGGAGACAGGGCCAACGAGCCCGAGAUGAUGGCCAGCGAGGGCUGCUUCCUCCCGCCCCCCGCCGCCGUCGAGCCCUACCACGGCUUCCUGGGUGGGGUCGAAGAGCACAUGCGGGCGGGGUCCCUGGAGUCCGCCUGCCAGCACGGCGACUAUGCCUUCUCCGACUUCCUGGGCGAGCAGGGCGGCGAGUGCCUAUCCCGGGGGGACGGGGAGGGCCUGCAGCUGGGCGCGGCCGGCCUCAGACCCCUCCCGGGCCUGAAGGACGAGCCCUGCGGCGUCAAGCUGAAGGUGGAGCUGGACGGGAGCCCCGUGGAGCACGGCGGCGGCGAGCGGAAGCAGAAGAAGAGGGACCAGAACAAGACUGCGGCUCACAGGUAUCGACAGCGCAAGAGGGCGGAGCUCGACUCCCUGGAGGAGGAGCUUCAUGGGCUGGAGGGGCGUAACCGAGAGCUUCGGGACAAGGCGGAAUCGGUGGAACGGGAGAUUCAGUAUGUCAAAGAUCUUCUCAUUGAGGUGUAUAAGGCUCGCAGCCAGCGGCAUAAACAAGACGCCUCUGCCUAAUGCCCACGGCCCCAACCCCCAGCACUGUGGCCAAUAGAAUGACAAAGAGAAAGAGUUGUUGGAAUGUGAUUGGAAGGUGAUGGCAUGCCAUAGGUUGUUUCUUUUUUUCAAAUGUUUGAUUAAUUGCUAUGUUUGAAAAACAAAAUCAGCUACUUUCAUAUAACGUACUGCAUACGAUGUACUGACGACGAUGUCCGCUAGCACUGUGAAAAUAUCUUUUAGAACAAUAAAACCGUCUUUUGUACACCGUCUUCUGCUGCGGUGAUAAUCGCUUGGAUGCAGACUUUCUUCCAGCGCCGUGCGAGAGGGGCCGCCCCUCGUUUUCCAGGGCGCGGCCCCGCGCCGGCUCGCGAGGCUACGCCUCGUGUCGCUUGAGUUGCGUGAGCUUGUUUUCCUUUAUCCCCCCUGUCCGAAGGCUGCACUGACUGAAUGAAACCGAGACCCGCCGCGUCCCAGUCCGGGCGCUGUUUAAAACACGCUUAAAGAAACGCAGCUGCUGUUCUAGAACGGGGCAUUCCGCGAAGCUUUUGUUCCUUCGCCCGCGCCUUUAUCCGAGGAUGAGACGCGUGCAACAGGAUUAUCGGUCAUCGUCCCCCCCCCACCCACCCCCCCCCGAAAGUGGGUUUGAAGUUGGUUCUUCCCCCCUACUCCCGUUCGCGGCUCGAACGCCCGGUGCAUGUUUGAAACCCUCCGAGCAUGUGGGGUUGUAAAUGCGAUGAUGAAGGUUAGACGAUGUUCAUUUCCGUUCGCUGCAUGGCUUUCUUUGCGAUUUUAGUGGAAUGUUUUCUAAGCGACGCUACGACGAUGCCGUUAGCUUCCGCACGCUGACGCGCCCCAGCUAACCCGGGCCAUCCGUAGGCAGUGCUCACAGACAUCCUGCCCAUUUUGGAUCUUUUCUCACUCUGCUCUUCACUUUCACCCACCUGCUAUAUCUGCGAAUAAACAAUCACUCCUUCAUAAUUUUCACAGCUAAUGCGAUUUCAAAAAAAAACUUUUUAAAUUGAGAGCAAGGAGGGAUUUUUUUUAAUGUGUUCUAGAGCUGUUUUUUUUUUUCGUUUGUUUAUUUUUUAAUAUUAUUCACUAGAGUGUGUUUGAUAGCUUGUGAUGUUCUGGCAGCUUGCUCAUUUCAAAUAUGCAGUGUCUGAUCAAUGCCAUCGAUUGUUCCAUCAACUUAAAAAAAUAAUAAUAAUAAUUUGUUGAUCAAUUUGGUCCAUAGUAGGGAAUAAAAUUGAAAAGUAUGCCAUCUAAGUCACUUCUCAUUUUAGACUGGAAAAUACAUAUCAUUCCAUAUAAAAAAAUAAAAAAACAAAUGCAUACAUUUGUUUAACUGCAGCCAAAUAACAAACAUGUCCUACCCUAGCAGUUAUUCCUUUUUCAGUUUUGUGGAAUGAUGUUUGCUUUUGUGCAAAUGCUGCAGGGAUUUAGCCUGCCUGGCAUGCAUUAAUAAUUUAAUUCCGACAAGAGUCGAUACUUCGGACACAAGACAGGACACUGCAUAAUUGGAAAUAUGCUUCGACACAUAUUGGCGAUGUACAAUCAUUGGAUUUAAAUAGCUGAUAUGCAAUCUAUUGUAUUGUCAUUUCGUGCUGUAUGCUUGAGAUGCUCAAAUAUUUGAGCUAAAUGUAUUUUGCUGUUUUUAUCGCAGGGAAUAUUGUAGGACAAGUACAAUCAUAAAUCACUUUUCUAUCCGAAAUAUUUCUAUGUAACUUCAGAUCUCUGCUUUAUGUAGUCAUCUCUUUUAUCAAAAUAAAGUUAUUUGUGUCUGCACUAAAA